AUGGGCUUCGACGAGGACACACUCAGAAGAGGAGGGUCAGUACUGGAGGGACUAAAGACGAUGCGUGCUUUACGUUAUUUAGAUAUAGUAGGGAAUGACAUACGGUAUAUGGAUAUGGGGUCCAUCAGGACACUGAUCAGUCUGAAUGUGUCCAGAAAUAACCUUGUGUCUGUUCCUUUUGAACACAAUGACCUGCCUGACCUGCACAUCCUGGACCUAUCAGUGAACUCCAUCACCUACUUUGACGACGACACAAUGGAUAUGUUGGAGAGUCUCGGACAGAAGAACAAGCUGGUCCUGAGGCUGAAGGGAAACCCUCUCUCCUGCUCAUGCCAGUCUCUCUUGUUUGUUCGGUGGAUAUUUUCAUCGUCGGUUACCUUUGACAGCAAUGGGAACUAUUCAUGUGUUACUGAAUAUGGUGCUCUUACAACAACCCACACAGUGUACAACGAGUUUAAUUACCACUGGACUUCAUGUCAAGGUCGAUUUUGGCUGCCAGUCUCCAUAACACUGAUGUGUUUAAUAGCUCAUCUACUUGUGUCUGCCAUGCUGGUGUCACGGAACUGGACAAGGAUUGCACAUCACAUUUUGGUACUCAUGGGUCGUGGGAUCCAGCGGGUCACUAGACAAAACUUCAACAAAGAUGCUUACGUAGCCCACUCGGAUGAAGAGCUUCAGUUUGUUAUGCAAGAUCUACGUAUAGGACUGGAGGAUCUACUUGGACUGAAGCUUAUUCUGCCCCACAGAGAUUUCCUACCUGGUCAGUUUGUAGCUGACCAUGUUGUAGAAAGCAUUAACAAAAGCUGGAAGACAGUACUGGUUGUGUCCGACGAUUUCCUGGAUGACCCCUGGUCCUACUUUAUCAUUAAGUCAACAGCUUACUACAUUUCCAACCUCAACCCUAACAGAGUGAUUCUGCUCAUGGUGGGAAACGUGAACCGUGGUCGACUUCCUGAACUGCUGCUGAAUGUAACUGACGAGGAGGAUAUCAUCCAACUUGAUGACUUCCCUGAUCCUCACAGUGAUGUAUGGGUCCAUGUAAGGGACAGAAUUCUGACACAAGCAGUAUAG